AAUCACCAUUGUUAAGAAACUUCCUCUUUAAUCAUGGAUGAAAGAGAAUCCACAAUCAACCCUUGUCUACUUCAAUUCAAAACCCCCCCUCAGUGUUUCAAUCAACUCCAUUCAUCGUAACCUUCAAGCUUCUAAUUCCACUCCAUUAUCGAAACCCGACAUAUCAACCAUGAAAGAUCAAUCAAUCAUUCUCAAAGAAGACGUCUCCGUCGAUGAUUACAGCGACCUCUUAACCGUUGCCCCUUUCUGCUGGUGGCGAUCCGCCGCCAAAUUCGAAGAAUAUCUGAAAUGGAAAGAAGAAGAAGCCAAAUCUCCAUCACUCAAUCCAUUCAAACUUGACCCAGAAUUAACUUUCAUGAGAGAAAUGGAAAGACUUGCUCUUUUAUCUCCGGAAGGAUUAGAUGAACUCCGGCAGAAACUCUACGCUUAUCGUGCCGGAGAUUUCUGGGUUCCCGCCGGCGGUGUUAAGAGAGAAGACAUGGAUAUUCCACCUGUGAAUACCAUUCUCUUGGUGGGUUUUCAUAAUUCGGGAAAGAGUUCUCUUGUUAAUCUCAUGUACAGUGUUCUUGGCCGCACCGGCGUAAUCCCAUUUGCCCAGACAUUAUCCGGAAAUGGUUCGAGACAAAUGGCACCUACAUUGGAAGAACAUAACGUAUUGAGAUCAAUGAGGAGUGGUUUCUGCGUUUACGACAGUGCAGGAUUCGAUUACGACGAGGUUAACGAAUUCACCGGAGAAAUGUGGGAUUGGAUGAUCGACGGCGUUUACCACCGAGAACCCUUGAAGAAACUCGAAGAUGAAAGCCACAACCGUCACCAUCCAUGGAAGAAAAUGGAAUCAGAUUUCAACAUCUCAUUAACUUCAUCAACUCCAAAAUUCGCAAAAAGAAGGGUUACAUUCGUUAUGGUGGUGGCUAACCUAUUUGAAAUCAAUAAAGCUAUUAAGUCCGGUGAUCGUCAACCAUUGGAGGCUGUUCGUCAAAUCUUCUGUUCACCCGCCAUUCGAAAAUGCAAUGAGAAUCCUUUGUUGAUCUUGACACAUGGAGAUGAGGUGGGGUGUGAGGAUAGGAUAAACGCGAGAUUGAAGAUUUGCGAUUAUUUGGAGAUAUCGGAGGCGACUGGAGUUUAUGAUAUUGUGUGUUUGACUGAAUAUGGGUUUCUUCCUGAUGAAUCGGAUUUGAUAACUGCAUAUUCAGUUACAGAAGCUAUUUAUAGAUCGUUAAUGGUGGCUGAUAGGGGACAUCUUCCUAAGAGGAAGAUUAAGGAUAAGAUGAUAUUGGUUUUGGCUUGGUUUAUGGGUUUGCUUGGGGCUUUCUUUGGUCUAUUGGCUCGAUCUUUUUCGGCUUUGAGUUCUAGGUAUUAAGAAUGCAUGAUUAAUUAUUAUUAUUAAGAAGUUUGGUUAUCUAGAGAAUUGAAGAUCAGAAGAUCAGAAGAAGAAGAAGAUAAAGAAAUAGUUUGGGUUUAUAAUUAUGAAUGAAUAAUCUAUGAUCAUGCAUGCAUGUGCAUGAAUGUAGUGUUUGUUUUGUUUUGUUGGAGUUUAACUAGUGCAUUUGCUUAAUUAAUAUAUCUUUUGAGUUUUAUU